AUGACGGAGCCGCAAAGCGGCUCCGUUUUGCUGGUCAUGAACGGCUGUCGCAUUGGACGAUCAUUGUUUGCUUCUAAGGGUGAUGAACUUGGACUACCAUUUUCAUUUUCAAGGCCAAUCCACCAAGAAACCUUAAAAAGAGAAUCAGAAGUUGUUCAAGGAAAGGGUUUUGAUGCUAGUGAAGAAAAAUCAUCAGCCAUGAAGAAGUUGCCUGAAGAUUGUGACAUCUUUAAAGGAGUGUGGGUAUUUGACCCAUUGACACAUCCUUUGUACAAAGAGGACGAGUGCGAGUUUCUGGAUGAGUGGGUCACAUGCUUGAGGAAUGGUUGGCAGGAUUCACUAUAUCAGAAAUGGAGAUGGCAACCCAGAGAUUGUUCAUUACCUAAGUUCAAUGCAGAACUGUUACGGGAGACUCUUAGAGGGAAAAGGGUUAUGUUUAUUGGAGACUCAAUACACCUGAACCAGUGGCAAUCUAUGGUUUGUUUGGUUCAAUCAGUAGUUCUACCGGAGAAGAAGAGCUUGAGCCGCGGAAACUAUAGUACUGCCUUCAAAAUGGAGAUACCCUCUUUGAUGCAGAUAAGUGGGAAAAGGAAUCAGGAUACUGAUGUUGUUGGUAUUAUUGCCGUUGGAUUUGUGAUGAGCACUGUGACCACAUAG